AAGGUGAUCAACACUGCACUGAUAUACAUACGAGAGGAUGUCCGUCGUCCGCCUCCGCUGCUCCUGUGGAUAUACAUCCUGAGCCACAAGCUACAGCUCCUCCGAGCUUUCAAUAUUCACAAUGGCCACCGCAAAACUAUCCCUCCCCACGCCGCUCCCCUCCUCCACCAGCACGGCCACGGCCCUCUCACCUGCAGAAGCCCUCAACCCACUCGUACACUCCAUCUUCACGACCUCGACGAUCUCCUUCUUCCUCAAUGGCGAGCAGCAGACCCUGCACAACAUCGACCCGUCGGCGACCCUACUCGAGUACAUCCGCAGCCACCGCGGGCUAAAGGGCACGAAACUCGGCUGCGGCGAGGGCGGGUGCGGCGCCUGCACCGUCGUGGUGCAGCAGGCGGACUCGCGGGGGCGGGUCGAGUGCCGGGCGAUCAAUGCGUGUCUCGCACCCAUAGUUUCCGUGGAUGGGAAACACCUCCUAACGAUCGAGGCGCUGGGCACGGUGGACGCACCGCACCCGCUGCAGCAGCGCAUUGCGGCACUGCACGCAAGCCAGUGCGGCUUCUGCACGCCCGGGAUCAUCAUGUCGCUCUAUGCGCUGCUGAGGAACGCGUAUGAUCCGCACAGGAAGGUGUUUCGCCUGGCUCGACGCAUGGUUGAGGUUGAGGGCGCGCUUGACGGGAAUCUGUGUCGCUGCACUGGGUAUAAGCCCAUCUUUGAGGUCGCUAGGAGCUUUGUCACGGAGGAUUUGGGGGGCGUGUUGAUGGAUGAGGGGGAGGAAGAGGGGGUGGAAGAGGGGGAGGGGGCGGAGGGGCUGGGCGGGAACUGGACCGUGGAUGCCGGGAAGGCGAAGGGUGUGAGUUGUGGUAGGCCCGGUGGGUGCUGUCGUGACUCCCCCAGCAGUAGUGAGAGUGGACAGUACGAGAGCUCGGACGGGGAAACGGCAUCGGCGAGCACAAACUCUUCCACGCCACCUCCGGCGGAGGAGGAGCAAAAGAGCAAUGGUCAAUCCACUCAGCCGGGCUUCAAAGAGUACUCGCCUGGCAGCGAGAUAAUCUUCCCCUUCAGUUUACGGAAAUACGAGUUCAAACCACUCUGUUUCGGAAACGAGAGGAAGGUCUGGUUUCGGCCGGUCACGCUGGAGCAGGUGUUGAUGAUCAAGGAUGCGUUUCCCUCUGCGAAGCUCGUCGGCGGGAGUUCCGAGGUCCAGGUCGAGGUCAAGUUCAAGAACUCGGAGUAUGCGGUUUGCGUCUAUGUCGGCGAUGUGCCGGAGCUGAAGGGAUUCGCUGUGGACGAGGCAAAGGGGGAAGCUGUCAUUGGGGGCAAUGAAAUUCUCAGUCUGGUCGAGGGGGAGUGUUUGAAGUGGGGCAAGAAACUGGGGCCUCGCGGACUCGGACUGGAGGCGAUCAGGAAGCAGCUGAGAUAUUUCGCUGGGCGCCAGAUCAGAAAUGCCUCGACUACGGCUGGGAACAUUGCCACCGCCUCGCCGAUUUCCGAUCUCAACCCGGUAUUCGUUUGUGCUGGAGCAAGGCUGAUCGCGCACUCGCUCUCAAAAGGGCCGCAAGAGCUGGAUAUGCGCAAGUUCUUCCUUGCGUACAGGACUACUGCGCUUCCUGCCGACGCGGUGAUAACGAAGAUCAUUGUGCCACUUGGACAUGCCAGCGGACGCGAGAUCAUCAAGGCGUAUAAACAGGCGAAGCGGAAAGAUGAUGAUAUCGCUAUUGUCACGGCAGGUCUUCGGGUGAGGCUUGGUGAGGACGGUUGUGUGGAGGACGUCUGUCUGGCUUAUGGAGGAAUGGCCCCGACGACCGUCGAGGCGAGGAAUACUCAAGAGGUGCUCAUGGGGAAGAAGUGGUUUGAGCCUGCCGUACUGGAGGAAGCUAUGGGUGCAAUGGAGAAAGAUUUCAAUCUCUCUUACUCUGUUCCCGGCGGUAUGCCAACUUACCGCAAGACUGUUGCUUUCUCCUUCUUAUUCCGGUUCUGGCACGAGGUUGCAGCAGAGCUGAAGAUUGCCGAAGUCGACCGCUCCCUCGUCUCGGGCCUCGACCGACAUGUUUUCCUCAGUGGGACCCGAGAUCAUGACAACCCCUACGAGCAGGAAGUAGUGGGAAAGCAGAUUCCACACGUGUCCGGCUUGAAGCAAGCAACAGGACAAGCGGAGUUUAUCGACGACAUGCCCAAAAUGGACGCUGAGGUCUUUGGUGCAUUCGUCAUGUCAUCGAAGGCACAUGCCAAGUUGAUCGAAGUCGACUUCUCUCCCGCCCUGGAAUCGCCAGGUGUUGUCGGGUUCGUCGAUCAUCACGACCUAUCCGAAGACCGCAUGCUGUGGGGAACCGUGGUGAAAGACGAGCGCUUCUUUGCAAAAGACAUUGUGCGCUGCCAUGGCGAUAUCAUCGGAAUGGUCCUGGCAGAAUCCGCGGCGCAGGCGCAGACGGCGGCGAAGCUGGUUAGGAUCGUGUACGAAGAGCUGCCCGCUAUCAUCUCCAUCGAUGAGGCCAUCGCUGCUGGAUCAUACUUUGAGUCCUACAAGAGUAUGCUGAAGACUGGAAAGCCAAUUGAGGAAGCCCUGGCAAAAUGUGACCACGUUAUUUCGGGCGUCUCGAAGAUGGGGGGACAAGAGCACUUCUACCUGGAAACCAACGCGGCGCUAGCCAUUCCCAAGGAGCACGGUGAAAUGGAGGUAUGGUCGAGUACGCAGAACACCAUGGAGACACAGGAGAUGGUCUCGCAGGUUACUGGAAUCCCGGCAAACCGCAUUGUCGUCCGGGUGAAACGAUUGGGCGGUGGCUUUGGCGGAAAGGAGGCGCGCUGUAUGCCAAUUUCGUGUAUUCUUGCAGUUGCGGCCAAAAAGCUGGGACGUCCCUGCAGAGGCAUGUUGAACCGUGAUGAGGACAUGCUCACUACGGGACAGCGACACCCAUUCCAGGCGCACUGGAGAGUGGGCUUCAGUAAGGAUGGCAUGCUGCAGGCGCUCGAUGCCGAUGUUUACGACAAUGCUGGGCAUUCGCUCGAUCUCAGCGGUGCUGUGAUGGAUCGUUGCCUCACGCAUAUCGAGAAUGCAUACUGGAUUCCUAAUGUGCAUGUUCGUGGCCAUGUCUGUAGGACCAAUACGCACAGCAACACUGCGUUCCGAGGUUUUGGCGGGCCACAAGGAAAUUAUAUCGCCGAAUGCAUCAUGACUACUAUCGCCGACAAGUUGGGCAUCGAUGUCGACGCACUCCGAUUCAGGAAUCUCUACAAGGAGGGCCAGAAAACCCCGUUCCUGCAGACUUUAGUGGACUGGCAUGUCCCCGAGAUGAUGGAAGAGCUGCAGGAGGCGUGUGCACUCGACGAGCGGAAGAAGGAGGUUGCCGAAUACAAUAGCGCGAACAAGUACAAGAAACGUGGCAUCUCGAUGGUACCCACGAAGUUUGGUAUCUCGUUUGCGACUGCUUGUCACCUCAAUCAGGCCGGUGCCCUGAUCCACAUCUACACCGAUGGCUCGGUACUCCUUGCGCACGGCGGAAACGAGAUGGGACAGGGCCUCUGGACCAAGAUGAUUGCCGUCGCAGCGCAAGAGCUUCAGGUCCCUUUCGAAUCCGUCUUCACCGCGGACUCGUCUUCCAACACUGUCGCCAACGCCUCGCCGACUGCCGCCUCCUCGGGCUCCGACCUCAACGGCAUGGCGAUAAAGCACGCCUGCGAUCAACUCAACGGGCGCUUAAUUCCCUACCGUAAAAAGUAUGGCAACGACAUGAAAGCGAUCGCCAGCGCCGCCUUCGUCGACCGCGUCAACCUCUCGGCCAACGGAUUCUACAAGAUGCCGGACGUGGGCUACAAAUGGGGCAACCACAUCGACCCGCUCCCACUGUACUUCUACUUCACGCAGGGCGUAGCCUGCACCGAAGUCGAGCUCGACGUCCUCACCGGCGACCACUUCGUCCGACGCACGGACAUCAUCAUGGAUGUCGGCCGCAGCAUCAACCCGGCCAUCGACUACGGCCAGAUCGAGGGCGCGUUCGUGCAGGGAAUGGGCUUGUUCACGACCGAGGAGACGCUGUGGACCGCGCGCGAUGGGAAACUGUUCACCACCGGCCCGGGGACAUACAAGAUCCCUGGCUUCGCGGAUAUCCCGAAGGAGUUCAAUGUGCGCCUCCUCAAGAAACCGAAGAGCCAGUGGAAGAAUCUCCGCAGUAUCCAGAGCAGCAAGGGUAUCGGUGAACCCCCGCUGUUUCUGGGCGCGACGGUACUGUUCGCCCUCAGGGAGGCGGUUAAGGCCGCUAGGGAAGAGGUGGGCGGGAAAAUGCAGGAGACGCUCGUGUUGGAUAGUCCGGCGACUUGCGAGCGGAUUAGGGGCGCGAUUGGUGGUGACGUGUGGGAGCGGAUGAGGGUCAAGAAGGAAGGGAGGCCGUUUUUCGUUUGCGCACAGGGGGAGACGCUGGGGUUGGCUUUGUGAGGUGUUUGGUAGGAGGCAUACAGGCAAAUGGGGUUUUCAAGUUGUUGGUUGGUUGGUUGGUUGAAAAUGGGGGGGGGUUUUUUUUUGUUUCUUCGUUACUUGCAUGUAGCCCAUUCACUCUAGACAUUGGCCGGACCGGUCGAACUUGAAUGGAGCUCUGUCAACUA